CGCACAUCGUGGAUUUGGAACACAAAUCAAUGCGCUUUUUGGGUUCCCUACACGUUGAACAACUACCCGAUGAGGCUGAAGGCUGCUGAGCAAUGCCUUUCAUAGCAUCCCGUCCAUGUGUGUAGAGCCAGCAGCACCGCCAGCUCAAAAAGAAUAGAAAGUGUAUGUCAUAAAGGUCCCCCCAGACUUGUGAGUCCUCCAACCACUCAUCGCCGGCAAUCCACAACGGACCUAUAUCAUCCUUGGCUCCCACCGCACCUCGUCCAAGCCAACGAGAUACAUACCUGUCGACAAGAUGCCAUCGAAAAGCAGCACCGCGAUUGCGGCUAUGGAGUUCACCACCGGCCGGGUCGCCGUCGGCGUUCUCGAGCAAGCUCAUCUCAUCAACUCCACGCUUCCCCCAACCGUCCGCUUCCUAGAUGUUGCAAGCGGCGGCGGUGUGGUAACCAGCAAGUUCAUUUCGCUGAACGGGGCUCACGGGUUGGAGAACUGCGAUUGGCAUGCAAAGUGUUUGGAUUAUGAUGAUAAGAUGACUGAGACAGCGCUUGCGAAGCCGGAGCUGCAGGCUGGCAAUGUGGAGAUUAAGAAGGGCGACAUUCAGACCCUCCCGUACUCAGAUGGGGAGUUCACGCAUGCUGUGUGGAACUUUGGCCCGCAGACGAUCAAAGGCGAUAGUAUCAAAGCGUUUACAGAGAUCCACCGCACCCUCCAAUCCGGCGGCACCCUCGCAUUCAGCGUCUGGACCAAGCCCGGCUGGCAAACAAGCAUCGAAUCCAUCAAACCCGAUUUCCAAAAACCGCCGCCGCUGCACGCCUGGACCGACCCCACCGAGAUCCACACCAAACUUGAGAACAUUGGGUUCCACUCCGUGCAGAUUGUAGCGUUCCAGUUCGACACCGAGGAGAAGGACGCAGAUGAAUACCUUGAGAAUCUGUUUUUCUUGUUGCCGAUGUCGGCUGAGUUUAAGCAGGAGUAUUCUGACCAUGUCAGGGAGGUUGUGCGGCGGGAGGGAAACUGGAAACUGACUUGGAAGGCCAACAUUGUCGUUGCGAUCAAAGCCUAGGAUGCGCACUGAAGAUCAACAUAGAAGAGUAGGCCGUAGAGAAGCGCACGUAGGUUGAAUAGUGGUUUCCAUGUUACACAAUCCACUCAAAGGAGUUUUCUCAUUAUUUCACGUAAACGAGUGCAUCAUACAAGUGGAACGGGCAGCUGCCAUUGAAGGCACAUAUGUCUAUGUGGGCUAUGUAAAUUCUAAAGAGAGGGAUGGCGCGGCCUACCAAGCCAAUCUGGCAACAACACUGCGCGGGUACGCCCUCACCACUGCCUUCCUCGCCUCAUCCAUGCUCG